CAUAUCUACUUGAACCUACCACGUCGGACACCCCCUGCCAUCGUCUGUCUUGACCUCUCGCAGCAAUAUACCAACCAGGUCACCUCCAAGGGACCACGCUGCCGCUCUCUUACAAUGCCGGAACGCCAUUCCACCUCCGAGGCUGUCUACCAUCCCAUCCCCCAGGCCCCGGUCGCGUCCAAUACGAUCCCACCCAGUUCGCCUGACAUAGAAGUAGACGAAGGCUUCGGUCCUAGCAUUGUGCACAGCCAUGUGACGGUAGAUUCAAGGAUACGGUGGAUACACUUCCUUCUGGGCUGCGCGGUCCUUCUACCUUGGAAUGUUAUGAUAACUGCAACGCCAUACUUUCUAUCUCGCUUAGAGGGGUCCUCGGUGAAGGGCACUUUCUCCUCCUACCUCUCUACGGCCUUCACAAUCCCGAACUUGCUCUUUCUUGCGCAUGCUACGGCUACGUCGAAGAAGGCUUCUAAUACGCGCCGUGUACUCUCCGCGCUCGGCUUCCUGGCGGCCCUGUCAUUUAUGCUCACGCUGAGCACAUACAUGCACCCGGCGGCAGGAGGCUUCACCGCGUUCGUACUCCUCAAUGCAGUGGGACAGGCCGCCGCAGGCUCGUACCUCCAAACGGCCGUGGUGGCCGUUGCCUCGCAGUUUGGGCCCGUAGCGAUGCAAGCCGUCAUGUCCGGACAAGCCGCCGUCGCCGUCGCUAUCAGCGGGGUGCAGGUCAUGAGCGCUUUGGCCUCCGUCCGAGGCGUAAGUCCGCAGCAGGUCGUGCUGUCCUCCGAGCCUGCAGAACGAUCCGCGUUCAUAUUCUUUGGCCUCUCGACGGCCUUCCUCAUCGUCUGUGCGGCGGUGCAGAUGUGGCUCGUCAGCCUUCCCGCGUACAAGAGCGUCGUAGCACAAGGGGCCACGCGUGGACUCGAUACACCGGAGGAAAGCGCACUGCUCGAAGCGUCUAGUACCGACCCCGAUGACCGUUCCUUCCGGAAGGAGGAUGAGAAGCACCACGUUAUACGGAUAGCCAAGACGAACAAGGUCUACGAGAUCGCGGUCUCAUAUGUCUUUGUGGUGACUCUGGCCGUCUUCCCCCCUAUCACCAUCUCUGUCCAGCCCACAAGUCCUCUCGUCCACCCGCUCGUGUUCAGUGCGGUCCAUUUUCUCAUGUUCAACAUCGGCGACUUCACCGGACGCUCUAUCUGCUCGCUUCCCAGGCUGCAUGUUUGGUCGGCUCGCCGUCUGCUCAGCCUCUCCCUCCUCCGGACGCUCUUUAUCCCAGUCUUCCUCAUGUGCAACGUUCAGUGGGCAUCCGUCUCCUCUUCAUCUCACGGGCCCCUCAUCAAUUCCGACUUCCUCUUCAUGCUCAUCGUGCUGCUCUUCGGCGUGUCAAACGGCUACGUCUCAAGCAUGUGUAUGAUGGCCGCGCCUUCUCUGGCGCACAACCCCAGGCUGAAGGGCCGCGCGGAGGACGUGGACGUGGCGGCGACCGUCGCGAGCUUCUGCCUCGUGACAGGCCUGGCCUUGGGCGCAAUGCUGAGCUUCGGGGUGAGAGCAGUCGUGUGCGACUGCAACCCAUUCAUCGCAUAGUCCCGGAGUGCUUGGCUGAUUGGUGUGUAUGUAUAUGUACUGUAACGGCUAUGUCCGUGCGUGAACCUACUAAUUACUAUUGGCGGCGGCAUUUGUCCUCCCCGCAUGUAUAUCCCGGGACGGAGAAAGCAGGAUGGUGGAUCGUAUGAACCGACCUAUCAGAACGCUUCAAGCUGUACCGGGACCCGC